CACACACACACACAGCGGCCCGGCCCAGAGUGACGUCGGCCGUUCCUAUGGAGCUAGGAGAAAGCGAGGUGCCCAGAGUUGGUGGGAUGAAGCACAAAGGGCCGUCUGCUUGACACCCCUGGAGUCUGAUUACCGAUAACCAACAGCGUCCACAAUGAUUCCAGUGACAGAGUUACGGUAUUUUGCCGACACCCAGCCCGCCUACCGCAUCCUGAAGCCGUGGUGGGACGUGUUCAUGGACUACAUCUCCAUCGUGAUGCUGAUGAUCGCCGUGUUCGGGGGCACGCUGCAGGUCACCCAGGACAAGAUGAUCUGCUUACCCUGCAAGUGGGUUCUGAACAAGUCGUGCGUGGAGCCCUUCCAGAAGCUAACGUCCAAGCCCAUAGUCACCGAGUACCUGAAUUCGUCCAUUCCCCCGUCGGACACCUUCCCGACUCUCCCCACUGGCAUCAAGUACGACCUGGACAGACACCAGUAUAACUACGUGGACGCCGUCUGCUACGAAAACGAGCUUCACUGGUUCGCCAAAUACUUCCCGUAUCUGGUGCUGCUGCACACGCUCGUGUUCCUGGUGUGCAGCAACUUCUGGUUCAAGUACCCCCGAACCAGUUCCAAACUGGAGCAUUUCGUGUCCAUCCUCCUCAAGUGCUUCGACUCCCCUUGGACGACGCGGGCGCUGUCCGAGACGGUGGUGGAAGAAAGCGACCCCAAGCAGUCCUUCGGCAAAAUGAACGGCUCUGUGGCCAAGAAAUCUUCCACGGCCAGCGAGGACGUGGAGGCCAGCGUGCCCAUGCUGCAGAGGACUAAGUCCCGGAUCGAGCAGGGAAUUGUGGAUCGCUCGGAGACUGGGGUUCUGGACAAGAAGGAGGGGGAGCAGGCCAAGGCGCUGUUCGAGAAAGUCAAGAAAUUCCGCACCCACGUGGAGGAAGGGGACAUUGUUUACCAGCUGUACAUGAGGCAGACGAUUAUCAAAGUCAUGAAAUUCGCUCUUAUUAUUUGUUACUCAGCGUAUUAUGUGGAUGAUAUAAAGUUCGACGUGUCUUGCGAGGUGGACAUCAAGAACCUCACGGGCUACAGCGUGUAUCAGUGCGCCCACCCGUUAGCCACCCUCUUCAAAAUCCUCGCCUCCUUCUACAUGAGUCUGGUCGUGGUGUACGGACUGAUCUGCGUCUACACGCUCUGGUGGAUGCUGCGUCGCUCGCUCAAGAAAUACUCCUUUGAGUCCAUCCGCGAAGAGAGCAGCUACAGCGACAUCCCCGACGUGAAGAACGACUUUGCCUUCAUGCUCCACCUCAUCGACCAGUACGACCCGCUCUACUCCAAGCGCUUCGCUGUCUUCCUCUCCGAGGUCAGUGAGAACAAGCUGCGGCAGCUGAACCUCAACAACGAGUGGACUCUGGAGAAGCUGAGGCAGAGGAUCAUGAAGAACUCGCUGGACAAACUGGAACUGCAUCUCUUCAUGCUGAGUGGCAUCCCCGACACCAUCUUCGACCUGACUGAGCUGGAGGUCCUGAAGCUGGAGAUGAUCCUGGAUGUGACUAUCCCUCCCAUCAUUGCCCAACUCACCAACCUCAAAGAGCUGUGGCUCUACCACACGCCGGCCAAGAUCGAAGCGCCGGCUCUGGCCUUCCUGAGGGAACACCUGAAGUCCCUGCACAUCAAGUUCACCGACAUCAAGGAGAUUCCCUUGUGGAUCUACAGCCUGAAGAACCUCGAGGAGCUCCACCUGACGGGCAACCUGAGCGCCGAGAACAACCGCUACAUCGUGAUCGACGGCCUGCGGGAGCUCAAGUGCCUGAAGGUGCUGAGGCUGAAGAGCAACCUGACCAAGUUGCCUCAGGUGGUGACAGAUGUUGGGGUGCACCUGCAGAAGCUCUCCAUCAACAAUGAGGGCACCAAGCUGAUGGUGCUGAACAGCCUGAAGAAGAUGGUGAACAUGACGGAGCUGGAGCUGAUCCGCUGCGAUCUAGAGCGCAUCCCCCACUCCAUCUUCAGCCUCCACAACCUGCAGGAGAUCGACCUAAAGGACAACAACCUGAAGACCAUCGAGGAGAUCAUCAGCUUCCAGCACCUGCGGCGACUGGUCUGCCUCAAGCUGUGGUACAACCACAUCGCCUACAUCCCCAUCCAGAUUGGCACACUCACCAACCUGGAGAGGCUCUACCUGAACCGCAACAAGAUCGAGAAAAUCCCUGCUCAGCUCUUCUACUGUCGCAAGCUGCGGUACUUAGAUUUGAGCCACAACAACUUGACCUCGAUACCACAGGACAUUGGAUUCCUCCAGAACCUACAGUACUUUGCCGUCACUGCAAACAGGAUCGAGACGCUGCCGCCCGAGCUCUUCCAGUGCCGUAAACUGCGCACGCUGAACCUGGGCAACAACUGCCUGCAGUCCCUGCCGUCGCGGGUGGGGGAACUGGCCAGCCUGACGCAGCUGGAGCUGCGAGGGAACAGACUGGAGUGUCUCCCCGUGGAGCUGGGCGAGUGCCGGCUGAUGAAACGCAGCGGACUGGUGGUGGAGGACGACCUCUUCAACACGCUGCCCUCCGAGGUCAAGGAGGGGCUGUGGAGAGCGGACAAGGAGCAAGCCUGAGGUUGAGUCGCGCGCUCGUGUGUAUGUAAACGAAGAGAGGGGGGAAAAAGACCUUCCUUGCCGAGUUUUUCAGAGCCUGCCGUCUGUCUGCCGCGUAGGGAUGCCGGGCGGAACCGACCCACCGUUCUGUGAUGGAGCGAAGACGUACGUCUGUCUGUCUGUCUCUCCGGCCGCUCCUCCUGCAGGAGCUGAACCCACGCUGCCGGGAGGUCAGAGAAUCACUUAAGAAACUAGGUCCGGUUGCAAGGACUUGCUGCAAUGCACACUUCUGCUUUCACGAAUCACAAACAAGCUAAUAUUUUACAGCCAAACGACACUCCACACAGACUGCGACUGUUGAUGAUGAUGAUGAUGCCUUGUAUUUAUUUCGCCCGUCGCUCUAACCGGGACUAAACUGUGUAUGUGCCGUGCCGUAAAGCGGGCAGUACCGUCUUGUUGCAUGAAUCGAUCUCCGCAACCACCACCCUCUCCCUCCACUCCCCCCACAUUCCUUUUAAAGAAAAAAUAAUCCUUUUUGGGGGUCAAGAAAUAUUCAUUUCAAGUUGGAAGCUGUUUUUUUUAUUUUUUAAAAAGAAGAUAAAAACUUGAUAGAAUUGGGGCUCAUUCCCCCCCCUCCCCCCAAUGUGUGUGCGCCAGAUGCCAGAUGGAUUCUAAUCGCCUGUGCGGUCACAUUGCCAGUGUGAGAGAGAGAGACAGAGACAGCGCAGGGGGGCGAAGCAUUUACAUCGAAAGCUAUCCAGUGUAGCCAGUAGUCUCUGGGAACAAUACCCUGCAAUUUGGAGAUGAUUUAAAUUCCUGAGGACUGGAGGGAUUUUCUUUUAUAUGCAGCAUAUAUAAUAGUUUGAUUUGAAAGCGCCUCUCAGUUGGGAGCUCCCAGCCAAAUAUUUUUAGUUCUUGGAAAACCAACCACAGCAGUCUACAGCACUUUGUCUCUCCCCCCCACCCCUUCUCCUCCCACACCAUGACUCAGUUGGUAAAGUCACUGGCAAAACAGCCAUAGCUUAGAAGGUCCCAGCCUCAAUGCCCGGCAGAGCAGUUAGCUAAUCACAGCCGGGUUUCCAAUAGGAGUUCAACGACUGGGCCUCUGAAUGAGUGAUGGGUUAACAUAGGAAAAAGAGAAGACUUGACAGACCUUCCCCUUUACCCCCUCUUUGCAGACAAACUGAGUCAAUAUUGCACUUGGCACCUGGCUGUCCAGGGAGGAAAGACCCUGAGGUUGUAGUUGGGUGUACCAGGGAGCAGAGAGUUGGCGCAGGCUCUUACUUGAUCUACGUCGAUGCACUGAUGGCUGCACAGCUCGCCUUCAGAGUGUUGAUGUGCUCUGUACACGUGCCAGGCUUUGUGCAAGACCACUGUUAUCCGAAUCUAAUGCUGUUAGUGCUACAGAGAGUUCUUCAGUCCUCAGGAACUAAUGCAAUCCCAGGUGGUCCAACAAUUUUUAUACUUUUCAGUUCUUAUUUAAAUGGUCUUAAAUGUGUCAAUGACUAAUUAAUUCUGGGGCUUCUUUACGCAUUUAAUCAAACGGAAAGUAUUAAGUCACUCCGUGAAAUGCGCUUUAUUCACAGCCGCUGAAUUUAGGAAGAAGUGAACAGUUUUUUUUCUAUGUUUUAAAAUGUAAGCGGACUUUGUGGCUGUUUUCCUGUCGAACAGCCCUUACUUACAGUGUUCAAGUACAUCUUGCAUCACCUCCCAACAAUCACUACAAUGGGAUACCGUGAGAUGUCUUGGAAUGAAACCUAUCUUGUGAAGAUGGUGAAACCAGGUGUUUGUGCCGACAUCACGUAAAAUGGCUAAGAAAUAAAUUACACAGAUAUUCAUAUUUCA